UUGAACUGAAAACAAAUUAGCCUCCACCAAUGAAGAACGCGGAACAGGCGCUGCCGAGACCCGGCACACGACCUGAUGAUCUCCUUUGCUGCAUGCAUGGCUUUAAUGUGCGCUCAUUCAGCUGCUUCUUCGUCAACUGUGGGGCUGUGCCGCAGCUUUUGGCCAACUCUGAUGGUGACAUUAAGAAUCGUUACUCUUCCUGCUUUGCAGAUUGCAGAUGUUCUGCCCUCAAGUCUAUGACAUGAACACAUCCGAAUUAACAAAGUUUCUGGAACCGUUGAAACACGGCCCCUCGUGGACCGCCAAAUGUAUUGGCAAACUGCUGGAUGCUGACAAUAUAACCCACGUUGCAGAUGGUCUCGUAGGAGAGAAUGGUGUCAAACCAGUGCAAUAUGUGAGAGGUGUUUGGGAUAUAUGGGGAGUAGAUCUGCCAACCUGCUAUCAAUACUGCAGCCGAUCGCAGUUUCCAAUGGUCUUCGACUUUCUCAACUUCUCGUCUGGAGUAACAAACUACCUCUUACCCUGGCUGGGUCUAACAGCGCAGUUGCCCUAUGAAGCUGGCGACUACUUUGAGAAUAUAAUGAGCUUCUGUCUAUCCGUGGGCAGUCCCUCUCUCUCAACUUUCUCCCUGAUGUCUACAGCGCUAAGUAGCCAUCGAACACACAAGAGAUUUGCCAUCACAAUCGAUCGAUCUCGUUCCGAGGCUUCCAAGGAAGCUGCCAAGGCCGCUCGAGACUUUCUUAGAAAUGCUCAACAGUCGUCAUUGCGGAUCAAUGACAUGGAUUUCUACACACUUAUCGUAAAAAGCGAUGCAAGAUUUCAGAACUGGUGGGUUACCAUCCGAAAGAGACUGCACAAGACACGUCGACUAUACACUUUGUCACUCGUUGCGCAGAGUUUCUUCGCAGUAGCUGCAUGGGUCCUUACUAUCGCCGCCUCGUACAUACAGUCUCUCGGUAUGCACUCUCAAGCUCUACUUCUCUCCUCUGGAACGCUAUGGGUCUGGCUAGUCCCCGUCGUACUCGGCUGGGUCUACGUAGGAACACAAUCCAGGGAGGGUACAAUCAAAGAGGCCCUUCAAGGUCAAGACGAUGAAAAAGUCGCGGCAGCUCUCGAAACGCGCUCCGGUCUAUGCCACGAAAUUGAGUUUCAUCCACCAGAUUCUUGCUUCGGUAGUGUGAUUGGUGAUGAACGAGUGCAAGGUCCGGCUUUCAACUACGCCAGAACCUUCACUCAUCAUCGCCUUGUGGACAUUGUGGCAACAUCAUUGGAAAAAAGGGCCGCCAUGCCCGACGUAGUCUUCCAGAGGGCUGACCUCGACGCUUACAUUGAAUGGGCUGAUUUGUGGCAAGAUUCGUCGUGGGUUGCGCACUUCCUAUUCGCUAAUGCAGUCGCUUUGUUUCUUCAAUGGGGCGUUACAGGAGCAGCAACUGUAAUCUCUUACCUCACCGAAGUACGUGGUCUUGGAUGUCGGUCGGGUAGCUACUUGUUAUACGGCAUUCUGGCGACAUCUGCACACGGUUUGCUACUUACUUCUGCAUUCCUUUCCCACUGGGCCAUGCUCAUCUACCAAAGGAAAGCUGAGAAUGUUCACAACUAUCGACGCUAUGGUACACACUCAGUCAUAUGUGUGCUUGCUGUGCUUACACGCUACCUCGGUCGAAUCCUAGCAGUACUGAAUGCUCUUUGGAUUAUUCUCAGCUCUAUUUUCGAACUUAUUGGGUUCUACGAAAGCUGUUGGUGCACCGGAACUGUGCUCGGGCUGGGAAAGAGAGCAUGGGUGGUCCUCUUCGUCAGUGGAGACAGAAUGCGCGAAGAUGCUGCCCCUUCAUGGGCCGGGGGUAUAGCUAUGAGUAUUCUGGCAGGAGCAAUUACGUACCUCAUUGUCUGGAUGGCAUCAAGAGAGCGUAAAGGAUAGGACUAAUUGUCAAGCAUUGUCUUUAGAUAUAGACGACAUAAUAUACCUAAUUGGAUCUGACUCGCGAAACUUCACUGUACCGCACAAGUUGUUGUUAGAGAAACAAUACGGAAGUUGCAAUACUGAGCAAGAUAGAUACUUGCGAAGGUAUCCCUCACCUUCAUGCUACCACGAAUGGUCCUGUUCAAUUCGGUCCGCUUCCCAGGGACCCUGGUCUCUG